AUGCAGAGGAGGGAGAAGUGGAGAGUUGUGGAUGGAGCAAGAGGCGCAGAGCAGCAAGAGGAGCAGAGCAGCAAGAGGAGCAGAGCAGCGAGAGGAGCAGAGCAGCGAGAGGAGCAGAGCAGCGAGAGGAGCAGAGCAGCGAGAGGAGCAGAGCAGCGAGAGGAGCAGAGCAGCAAGAGGAGCAGAGCAGCGAGAGGAGCAGAGCAGCGAGAGGAGCAGAGCAGCGAGAGGAGCAGAGCAGCGAGAGGAGCAGAGCAGCGAGAGGAGCAGAGCAGCGAGAGGAGCAGAGCAGCAAGAGGAGCAGAGCAGCAAGAGGAGCAGAGCAGCGAGAGGAGCAGAGCAGCAAGAGGAGCAGAGCAGCAAGAGGAGCAGAGCAGCGAGAGGAGCAGAGCAGCGAGAGGAGCAGAGCAGCGAGAGGAGCAGAGCAGCGAGAGGAGCAGAGCAGCAAGAGGAGCAGAGCAGCGAGAGGAGCAGAGCAGCAAGAGGAGCAGAGCAGCAAGAGGAGCAGAGCAGCAAGAGGAGCAGAGCAGCAAGAGGAGCAGAGCAGCGAGAGGAGCAGAGCAGCAAGAGCAGCAGAGCAGCAAGAGGAGCAGAGCAGCGAGAGGAGCAGAGCAGCGAGAGGAGCAGAGCAGCGAGAGGAGCAGAGCAGCGAGAGGAGCAGAGCAGCGAGAGGAGCAGAGCAGCGAGAGGAGCAGAGCAGCGAGAGGAGCAGCGCAGCGAGAGGAGCAGAGCAGCGAGAGGAGCAGAGCAGCGAGAGGAGCAGAGCAGCGAGAGGAGCAGAGCAGCGAGAGGAGCAGAGCAGCGAGAGGAGCAGAGCAGCGAGAGGAGCAGAGCAGCGAGAGGAGCAGAGCAGCGAGAGGAGCAGAGCAGCGAGAGGAGCAGAGCAGCGAGAGGAGCAGAGCAGCGAGAGGAGCAGAGCAGCGAGAGGAGCAGAGCAGCGAGAGGAGCAGCGCAGCGAGAGGAGCAGAGCAGCGAGAGGAGCAGAGCAGCGAGAGGAGCAGAGCAGCGAGAGGAGCAGAGCAGCGAGAGGAGCAGAGCAGCGAGAGGAGCAGAGCAGCGAGAGGAGCAGAGCAGCGAGAGGAGCAGAGCAGCGAGAGGAGCAGAGCAGCGAGAGGAGCAGAGCAGCGAGAGGAGCAGAGCAGCGAGAGGAGCAGAGCAGCGAGAGGAGCAGAGCAGCGAGAGGAGCAGAGCAGCGAGAGGAGCAGAGCAGCGAGAGGAGCAGAGCAGCGAGAGGAGCAGCGCAGCGAGAGGAGCAGAGCAGCGAGAGGAGCAGAGCAGCGAGAGGAGCAGAGCAGCGAGAGGAGCAGAGCAGCGAGAGGAGCAGAGCAGCGAGAGGAGCAGAGCAGCGAGAGGAGCAGAGCAGCGAGAGGAGCAGAGCAGCGAGAGGAGCAGAGCAGCGAGAGGAGCAGAGCAGGCACCGGAUGA